AUCGAAAAUUCCCCAAACCAACGCCUCCUUCUCAGUCUCUCCCUGUCCCACCGCCGCCGCCCGCCACCACCAACACCUUCAAGUGUCGCCGCCACCCAACACCGGCGGCCUCCGUCCUCUCCCACAACCGGCGUACUCGUCUCCCACCUCGCCCCCACCCACUCCUCCUCACCUCACCUCACCUUCUAUUCCUAUCCCAAGCUGCAGAUCAAUCGAGGAGCAUGCCAUGGCGUUCCCGAUCCGCCAUGCUCUCCAGGGGCUUCUUCGACCUGGGCCUCCGGUGACGGAGGUGCUCGCACUCGAGGAGAUGAAGGCCGCCUGCUUGCUGCUCGCCUGUGUGCGCUGCGCAGGGACAGGACCUGCUCGCCCGAUAAGACGGAGGGCUCCUCCGACACUAGUGCUACUCAAGGUCCUCUCUCGCCCAUCUCUUCGUGUUUUUCUUCCUCUCCCUCCCUUCCCUUCCCUUCCCUUCCCUGAUGCGUUGGGUUUUCUUCCUCGCGCAAGUAGCUGCGGCGUCGAGCCCUAACCAAGGACACGUACGAUCUCGCUAGCCUCAACCGGUCAAAGUGCUGCGCCAAGGGGAUUUGCACCGAGUGCUUCCUCUAGAUGAAGUCGCCCACAUCCCGCCGGCCGACACAGUGUCAAAAUUCCGUUCCUAUUCAGUUUGCUGUUUCUUAACUUCUAAGGUGUCCGUACUACAAGAUGCUGAAUUACGCCGUGGAGUACCGCGGCGUCAAGACGAAAGAGGAGAAGGGCGUCGAGCAGAUUGAGGGGCAGAGGGUGAUCGAGGCGCAGAUCAGGAUGCGGCAUCAGGAACUCCAGGACGACGCGGAGCGCCUCAUGAAUAAACAGGUUGCUGCUUCCACAAAUGAAGUAACAACCGCACGAGUUGAACCUUGCGAUACCGGUGGCACAUCCACCUCAGCCGCAAGCGGUGCCCAAGGCAAUGAUGCGCCCUCAUGCCAAGUAAACCAUUCGGAGCUGCUAUUGAAGAAUGCCGAAGGGUUAACGCAGUUGCGUAUGCACUGGUUAACCAUUUUCCGCCUUCUAUCCUGCUUAACUUGUGUGGCUAUGGUUGCAUCAGUCAAUUCGGGCUAUGUGGUUUAUCGAAGGGUGCUUCGGUACUACUCAGGGGAAGAAGAUGGCCUUGAUAUGAGAAAGGCGCUAUCACAAGAUGUUGACAAGAAGUCUAUCAUACCACUCAAGAGACCAAUAACACCGGGCGAACUUGAAUACGACUGACAUGCUAAAUUAUAACUAUCACUCUUGAUGGUUGUGUCCUAGUCGAUCUACAUGACUUAUAUGGUAGCUCGACAAGAUAUUGUCUCUAGUGUUGUUGAAUGAGUGAUCGUGAAUUUUCUAUUUGCACAUUCCUGUUAAGAUUGGACCCAGUUUUUAAGGUCUAGUCACUUGGAUCAGCGGAAGAGGAGCAUCACUAGCACGGGCAGAGGAGCAGCAGGAGCUAGUUCUUCAGGUACAAUGGAAAACAAGCAAGCUUAUAUCUGAAAAAUGAGUUAUCUAGGCUCAGAAUUUUGAGUUGGCCUCUUUACAUAAGUUUUAGAUAAAGUUUCAAGGUUUCUUUAGAGUAUUUAUUUGUGUCGUUUGGAUGUACGGUUUGAGAGCAGCUAUCAGUUUAGUUUGCUGUCCCGAUAUAUAUGUUCAUGGGUACAGUAUUUUGAUAUGGGAGAUUAGGCCCUGUUAGAGGUGGUAUUAAAAUAAAGUUACAACAUGAAAAUUUUA